AUGAGAUUAAAUGAAGAUGGAGCAGGAGCCUAUGUCUCCUCAGGCUGUCCAGAGAAGUUGGAUGCUGUUGUGUUGGAUAAAGGAGGCCGUGUCUCUUCGAUCUGUCAAGAGAAGUUGGAAGACGAUGUUGUGUUGGAUAAAGGAGGCCAUGUCUCUUCUAUCUGUCAAGAGAAGUUGGAAGACGGUGUUGCGUUGGAUAAAGGAGGCCAUGUCUCUUGGGUCUGUCCGGAAGACGAUGUUGCGUUGGAUAAAGGAGGCCAUGUCUCUUCGAUCUGUCAAGAGAAGUUGGAAGACGAUGUUGUGUUGGAUAAAGGUGGUCGUGUCUCUUCGAUCUGUCAAGAGAAGUUGGAAGACGAUGUUGCGUUGGAUAAAGGAGGCCAUGUCUCUUGGGUCUGUCCGGAAGACGAUGUUGCGUUGGAUAAAGGAGGCCAUGUCUCUUGGGUCUGUCCGGAAGACGAUGUUGCGUUGGAUAAAGGAGGCCAUGUCUCUUCGAUCUGUCAAGAGAAGUUGGAAGACGAUGUUGCGUUGGAUAAAGGAGGCCAUGUCUCUUGGGUCUGUCCGGAAGAUGAUGUUGUGUUGGAUAAAGGAGGCCAUGGUGCUACUAUUGUUCCAGGGAGGUCUGAGGAGAAGCAUUUGAACAGAACCCUCAGCCUCCUGACUGAACACAUGAGGAAGAGGAAGGUCUCCAAACAACAAGCUGUGACAACCUCUCACAAUCCCAGCACACCUGGCAAGUCACACGACCGGCUGAGUUCUGAUUCACAGGCCUGA